UUCCUCUGUAAACAUGAAGAAGAAGAUGUUCGCCUCCCGGAAACAUGGCGCGAGUUGUUGUGCGGUUUGAGUCCCCGCGCUGCUGCGUGUGGAGGUAACAGCUGAGAGGCUGCGGGGCUGCAACUGACGAGUGCCGCUACAGUGACGGUCAGCAACAGACGACAACCUGUACAGCGUGGCUAUGGAUGGCAGCCUGGCCCGAAGAGAGACCGCUCGGUUCGGCCUGGGGGCUAAUGGUCGCCAGCAAUAUGGCGAAUCGGCAGUUCAGGCUGUUGGAGCGACGAGAGCAGGUCCGGAUAGACCGAGCGCCGCCACCAGUACAAGGACGGAGAGAUCGAGCGCCGCCACCGGUACAAGGACGGAGAGACCGAGCGGCGCCGUUAUGAGGACCGAGAGACCGAGCGGCGCCGUUACGAGGACCGAGAGACCGAGCGCCUCCGGCGUGCGAACGGAGCGGAGGAACUCGGUCACUCAGGUGGUCCAUCAGAGACACAUGCCCAAAGAGCCCCAGAAGUUCCACAUACCACGGAAAACUAAGGAAAAGAGAGCUCUCUUGCAGUACGUGUCCCUUGAGUCCAGAGAAUGUGAGGACAUGAUGACCAUCCUGACCUCCAGCUACAUGGACGCCGGCUCUGCCAGCUGCUUCAGCUACAGCAAACCACGUCUCGUCCACAGCGAGCUGCUCGAGAAAGAGUUUGUGGAGAAGAGGAGAGCGAUGAAGGCGGAGGGGAGGACGGACAAGGAGCUGGAGGACAGCUACUGCUUCUUAUUGGCUGAUCCUGUCCAGCUGUUGCAGCUGUGUGAGAAGGGCUUAUUUGUGGGUCACAGCCGGCUGACUGCGCUGGGAAACCCCAGUAAAGGUGUGUCUCUAUCGAGAUACUCGGACUUGCUGCAGAUGAACGCCUUCACAUCCGGGGCCACUGGUGAAAUUAUCAUCUUCAAAGUGUUAAAGGGGAGAGUCAAGAGCAUCUAUGAAAACAUGAAGAACCUUCUGGACCCCACACCUCGCUUCGACAGCCACAUAGCCAAGAACGCCAGCAAGGUCACUGCGCUGACGUCGUACCGCGCCUUCGAACUCACACAGCAAUACUUCUAUGAGUAUUCAUUUGACGAGCUGCUGCAGCGCCCCCGUCAGGCCUGCCCAUACGCAGUUGUUUCCUUUGUUUUCAGUGGGAAAGAUGCUCCGCUGCCCAUCAAACCUCUGGCUCCACUGAGGUUGAACAGCCAGGCAGCAGAAGACGCUAAAGAGCGCACGCUGUUCACUGUGUGGACGGGGGAUUUGGUUAAAGAUGACCGCCUCCUCUUCCAGAUCUCCCUGUGCUCCUCCUCUCUCCCCGUCCUGCCCCACAGACUACCGGAGAAGUUGGAAAUCGGUUGGUUGAUGAAGCUUGAGCAGGUGACGAAGCUCCUCCCACCGGGCCUGUUCUCCUGGAACAUCUACAGUAGUAGCCGAGAAGUCGCUACCAAAGGUUUUUAUUGCAGCCUGUUGGAGGUGAUCGUCAGGAGCCAGUCAGCAACUAAAGUGACUGUGACCAAACUUCUGCAGGAGCUGGAGGUGAAGAGAGUGGUCCUAGUGAAUCCACUUGGCGACAGAGGCUUCCUGUUCUUGCUAUCCAGCGUUCAGAUGGCUACACCUGCCGAGAGAGGUGAAGGGUGGAAGAGGUGCCUCCAGGCCUUGUUUGUCUUUACAGAGACGAGAGAUGUUGUGAAAAACGCAUCACCUUCCACCUCCUCCACCCAUGAUGCCCCUGAAGCCUUGCCGUUUGCAGGCACAGUGACACCGAUGCUGAAAUGUUUCAUCCCAGCAUUGCACUACGCCCUGGUAAAGGCUCGCGCCAGCUCUCCGCCGGAGCUGUCUGCUGGUGUGGAGCAACAGGCACGGGAGUACCUCAGUGGCCUGAGUGAUGGAAAGGUUCGACAGUACCCCAUAGGAGAGUACGACGCCACCCUGGAUGAACAAAGAAAAGUGUUUCCCGCUCCCAGGCACCACCGGAGCAACAUGGACAGCUACCUAAACUCGUACCUGUUCAGCCCCCCCUCCUACGUGCUGCCUGUGGCCAGAGCCAGGCACGCUAUGGAGACGCACUCUCAGCCCGAGGAACCUCAGGGCAGGGAGGGAGGGAGCCUGGAGGGCCAGAAGGAGGCGAAGGGGAAAGAUGUGUUGAAGAACUCUGGAAAGAAACAACUCAUUGAUCAGAAGGAGCUGUUGGACAUGGCCCUGUCCCUGAAGAGAGACUCGGAGGACGAGGUGAAGAGUGAGCAUGAAGGAAAAGGACAGAAGAGACAGAUGGAACAGGAAACAUCAAAAAGAACACAGAAGUACCUGAGGGUGUCGCGGGACCCCAGGACACGAGACAGGGUUCCAGUUGAAACUAUCGCUGACUCCGCCUAUACUGGCUCUCUAGCAUCUGUGAUUGGCUCGGUGGGUUUGAGGGCUGAUGAGCUGUGUGAAAAUGGAUCUGAGCUCGCCAACAGCCUCAUCCACCUGCUGACUGGCUUCAGUCAGGCUGCAGCACCCAGUAAGAGUCUUAAGGAGGAGGAGGUGAAAACUGAAUCGUCUCCGUUCGAUAAGUUGGCUGUCAAACUGGGACUGCCUAACGACUGUGACGUCGAGCUGAGGAAGCAGGAGGAGCUGGAGGAGCAGACGGCCGGCAGCGUCAGCAGUCUGGAGGGCUUCAGUCCCAGCUCCCACAGCGGGGAGACCAACCACCGCGGACCAGGCAGAGCAGGAGGAGCGCUGGUGAGGAGAGAAGAGGAGGAGCAGUGGGACAUCCCCUGGGUCCUCAUCCCCAUUACAGGUCUGCGUUCAGAGCGAUACACCCUGAGAGACCAAAACCUCCCUGAAGACCCUCGCUUCCUGCACCUCACCAUGGCAACGGAUGCCACUGCAAUCGCCACAUCCCCCAGGAGGAGUCCCACUCCAUCUCUCCAGCCCAGCAGUCCCCCUUCUCCCUCCCAGUGCCCUUCCCCUGAGCCAAGCCCCCCCACGUCCCCCUCCCGGUUCCUGUCUCCACAGCCCAGCCCCCCUCCCUCCCCCUCCCAGUGCCCGUCGCCUGAACCCAGCCCUCCCUCCCCCUCUCAGUGCCCAUCGCCUGAACCCAGCCCUCCCCCUUCCCCGUCCCAAUGUCCGUCCGCACAGCCCAGCCCCCCCACAUCCUCGUCCCAGCGUCUGUCCCCGCAGCCCAACCCCCCACCCUCCCCCUCACAGUGCUUGUCCCCAGAGCAGAAUGCGCUCAGCCCCUUUAGCAAAGACUGCGGCGGCACUAACGAGGACCAGUUGGUCUCCACAGCCCCCCAGGAGAUCACAGGAGAGUCUCACAGCAGAGAGGAAGAAGAACAGAAAAAUCAACCACCGUCAGUUUUUGCAUCCGUCCCUCCUGUUGCGCCGCCUGCUGAGAGCAAGGAGCAGGACAGCGGAGAUGAGGAGCCAGAGCUCGCAAAGGGCACGGAGGCCAGGUUUUUGCAGGAAGAAUGUGGGUCAGAGGAACGACUACAAAACGAGGAAGGUGAGGCAGCGCCGGGCACAGAGGGGGUACACGAGACAGUUGGUCAUGGAGAGAAAGAAGAGGACGUGUUUCCUGCUGCUCUCACCUCGCCUCCAGGGCCUCCUGUCAGAAAUAUCGACACUGUCGUGGAUAAGCAUCUCGGUGAUUUCUGCUCCGAGGUACAGCACCUCCUGCAGGAGGAAAGUGUGCUCUACAGCUUUCCACAGACUCCUGCCGCUGCACCUCCGCUCAACAUCAUAACGCCAUUCUCACAGUAUGUGUCUUUUUACAACCCCUGUCCCCCUGUCCAGGACUACAUUAGCUCUCUAAAAGAUAAUAUGAACCACAUGCUGAUGGAGAUGGACAACAGCUGGCCCGGGCUCGGUCCUGACGUGCACCCGCCGGACACAGACGCCACUCUGGCCUGCACCGUUAGUGAGUUUGUGGCCAGUAUCAGAGCGGCUAACACUAAAACUGACACGGAUGACCAGGUUUCAGUGACCUCUGGUGAAUUCACAGCCCUUAGCACUGCUGAAUCAGUCGCUCAAACUCUUGACAUUUCUAAACGCGAAGAAAUGUGGUUGUCAGACUCAAGGACUAAUCAGUUUUCUGAGGCUCCAAGCAGCCACAGUCCCUCUGUCCCACUUCCUCAUGUCACCCUAACGGCCUCCCCAUCCAUCUCUCAGUCAUCCUUUCAUUCAAAAACCAUUUCCCACACUGCCAUCGUUCAUCCUCUGCCCUCCUGUGGGGCUGCCAGCGAGUCCCUGCAGUCACACUUGGUGCUGCAGCAGCCAAAAGACUUAGAACUCAACCGGUCCACUGCACAGAACAUCACGCAAGAUGACAUCGCUGCCAAAGCGCUCCAUUCUGCCACAGGUGGAGACAGCAGGGUCAUCUUUCCAGAGACGAGCUGCGAGGGGCCUCACACCGGGCUUGUAGGUGUCACUCACCACUCUGUGGACUCUUCGCGCCCCACAGACACCUCCUGCAUUUUGGCCAACCCGGUUUCCUGCUCGGUCUCUGUAUCGGCACAGAGACUGAGUUCAGACCCCGUUCCCCCGGUCUCGGCCUUCAGCUCCCUGAUCAGUCAGCUGCAGCCGGACGUGUUCAGCAGCCUGGAAGAGAUCAUGAAAGAUGUCAAGAGGAACUUACUGCAGUUUUACCUCCACACCACAGAACCAUGGGACCAAGUCUACGAGGACAUUAAGGCGUACCUGUUGAAGCAGGGGAACCUGGAAACACAGAACCCGUUGACAUUUCUGAACCAAGAAAGGUCCAACAGCAGACUGCUGGUCAUCAUUAAGAACAAAGACAUCUCUGGACACAUUCACGAGAUCCCGGGCCUUGUGUCUCUGAAGCAACACCCCUCAGUGGUGUUUGUGGGAGUCGACAGUCUGGAUGACUUCAGGAACAACAGCUACGAUGAGCUCUUUGUUUCCGGCGGCUGCAUUGUCUCCGAUGAGCUGGUCCUCAGUCCAGACUUCAUCACACACGACCAGCUGGCAUCUCUGCUGAAGCUGCUUGAGCAGCACAGUUCACCAGAGAUCGUCUGGAGGUGGAAGGUUCACUGCAGAACCCACAAAAAACUCAAGGAACAGUCCAGGUUCAGGAUUGAUGCUGCCAACCUGCUGGACGUCCUGUCGGCCUAUCAGAAGCGUAUGAUCGUGGAGUUCCUGCCAUAUCAUCAGUGCGACAUGAUGGAGUGUCAGUCACCUGACCUGGACUGUCUGACUAAGCUCCAGGCGGGGAACACGCAGUACCGGCACACCGUCUUCCUCACAGAGCAUCGCUUGGACUCGUUCCAGGUCUACUCCAGUAAGGGCAUCAUCGUCACCCACGUUCAAGAGAUUCUACACUCCUUCAGCAGCCUGGUUGGUUUCCACGACAUCAAGGACCGACCGCCCAUACCAGAUGACCUCCUGGCUCUGAAAGGUUUCAGCAAACAGCCGAGUCACUGUGACGCGACGUUCCCCUCUGAACCUGCUCCAACUUUACCAGACCUCAGUCUGUCUCGUCCCUCCAGUGACCAACAAUGUCUCCAGCAGCCUGGCGUUGGCCACACCCAACUCCCCCAGUUCUCUGACCCGCUGGUCAAAGAAGGUGGCACGUGCCCUGAGGAGGUUGUGCAGCACCACUCCGAAUCCGAAUUGGAGGCGCUCCGGCAGUACAUCUCAGACUUUCGGGCCAAACGUCAGGCACAGCAACAGGCAGAGUUGAGUUUGAACCAUCAGAAACUCUUCAACAGUCUGGCCUGUGCAGGAGAUCCGACGGACCAGAGUCAUCUUCUCAACAGUUCCAGUGCCCCUUCAGAAUGUCAGGGAGGUCGCACUGACACCGUCCACCAACAAAUGACCCCCGGCAGGAAGGCCGUGUGUGCAACUCUGGACUUGAUUCACUCAGCACUGCUUCCGGAUCAGGGUGAGGACAGGGGCUCUCCACGGCGCCAGCAUGACAGCGUUGUGGUGAGAGACCAUGUUGUUCCCAGUGAGCAAGUCAGUCCAUCGGCCCCCUUGUGUGAGCUAAACCCACUUCCAGCAUCUGUACCGGCUGGCCAAACCGGUUCUACAAGUGUAACUGGUCUCAGGAGCGAGGAAGCGGAGGUGCGAGGAGAAUAUGCCAGAAGUUGCGUGACCGCAGAGGGCCAAAGAGUGAGAGAUGCUCACACCGGACUGGAUCAGCCGACAGGAGCAGAGGCGAUCCCCGAAGACUGCAAGAAACCAAACAGCAACACCUCAGUGAGCAGUCAAGGCAAGGUAUCUGGGAGCAUCCCCAUGGAAACGAAACAGGACAACAACCUGAACCGAGCCCUGCAGCACCACACCCAGAUCCAUCUGCAGCAGGCCGCCCUGCAGCUGCAGCCCCCCUACUGCAGCAGGCCCUUGAACCCGCUCCAGCAUUUCCUGCCCAGCGCCAUGCUGAGGCCCUUCAACACCCUCAGUGGGGGGCAGGGUCUGCUGGGCUCCCCGCCUGGUUGUCCGGGCUCCUUGAGGUCCACGGCUGGUUCUGUGCCAGUCUGGAAUUUUCUGCAGGCCAGCAGGGAGCUUAACAACGCCGCACUCCUGGGAGCGUACCGCAACCCUGCAGGUCAGCGGAGUCACAUGUACAGAGGUGGGCCGAGGGGGGGGUUUAAUGGUAUGUAGUCCACCAUAAUGCUCAGACAAUCUGUCUGCCAUUUUCCUGUUGCCCUGUCAGCUGAGUAACCCCCCCACCCAACGUGUGUUUCCUGUGUCGUUUGUUGACCUCGUAGGUGAACCGGUUUUGAGAUUGUUUAGAAGUUUGAUUAUUGUUACUGUAAACUAUGCAAGAACAGGUGUCAAACUUAUCCCACAUUUGUACCAAAACAAAAAAGUAAACUGUGAGGGGCAGUAGAGUCACGGGUGAACAGUGAAAACAGAGGCAACACUUGGACAAAAAAAGAAAAGUCAAAUUCUAAAGACCAGUUCUGAACUUUGUCACCAAAGAGACACUCGGUUCUUACUAACAGUGGGAAAACACGCUCUUUAGAACACUGGGCGCUAGCUAACGAUGUUUCCUGUUCCCGUUUGACCAUGGGAGAGUCAGCUCAGUUGUGCCCCCCAGUGGACAGGCACCCAAGAUACACAAGUAUGUGAAAAAUUACACACAGUUUGUGU